GUUCUUUUUCACGAAGUGAAAGUUGAAGUUAAGUAUUUAUAACUGACAGUUAAGAUGAUUAAAAGACUUUUACCAGUUGUUGGAAUUGAUUUUCGCAAAAUUUAUAUUCAUUGUUUCAUUCUUCAUCGAUUCUUUUGUCCCCAGGUCUUUGUGUCAAUUUGCAUCUUCUUCACGAGUGGCUAUUAUUUCAUUAUGAUGAACCUCUUUGUGGUUCACAAACGAUGAAUGAACGUGUUCUCUUCAACUAAUUCUAACUAAAGCCUUCGACAUUUAUUCUUCCAAAUUCUAUUCAAUUCUACUUCUUGACUAAGCAGGAGCAGAUAAACUGGAAGAAAACUUUUGCAAAAAUGAGGAAAUAUCGAAUAAGAUAUAUGGCGUGGAACCCUUACGUCAUAAUUGAGACUAUUGGAAAUGAAACGAAAUUUCGGGGCCUUACAGCUGAAUUAUAUGAAGCGAUGAAGAGGAUAAUGAAUUUUAACUAUGAAGCUAUUCUUCAACCGGAUCGAUCAUUUGGUGGUAAAACUCCAGAUGGGGAACAUUGGACAGGAAUGAUUGGUGACACUAUUGCUAAUGAAACAGAUUUAUCCGGUCCGUAUUUCAUUGAUGAGGAAACUUAUAUAGCCAUGAAAUACGCCAAACCUUUAGGCUUUUCUCAGUUAGCUAUAGCGUCAGGAGUUAUCUCAACCAGUUCUAAUUCAUUUCUAGUAUUUCAAAUAAUUACAAGGGAGGUAUGGUUACUGCUUAUUGUAGCAUUAGUUUGCGUAGCUUCUACUGCAAGCAUCAUAUUCUUCUUGAGACAAACAAUUUCGAACAUGUCCUGGUUAAAAGUACUAGCUACAUAUGCAGAACUGUUAACUGCCUCUCUCCUUGGCCAAAAUCUUGGAAAGAAAACCAGAUGGUAUUUACGAUACGUCGAAUCCUUAACAAGUUUUCGCAUUUUGGAAACUGCAUGGUUUUUACAAAUGGUUCUUAUACUAAUGAGUACUUACAAAGGAAUUAUAAUAUCAACUUUCACUACCGAUAAAGUAAUACCCAGAAUAAGUACUUUAGAAGAACUGAUGAAAGAUCAAUCAAUGGAAGUGAAGGCCUUUAAAGGUUUUUGGACAGAAGCUUGUUUUACUAGUAAAUAUAACAAAAUGUACAAAUCAAUAGCACACAGAAUGGUUGGUCAUCUUGUCCCUCACGUAGCAGAUUUUUCAAAACUUCCUGCUUGGAUAGACUCCAUAGAAGAAGGCAAAGUUGUUUUCAUCGAAGAGAACGUAUUAAUGAGAAACAUCAUUGGUGAACGUUUUAAACAAACUGGAAAAUGCCUAAUUCGUGCUACCCCUAUUGAUUUUGGAUCAGCUUACAUCGCGCUAGCAUUUAACAAGGACUUUCCAGAUGAUGUCAAAAACAAGUUUGAUGAAAAUAUUCUUUGGUUUGUCGAAGGUGGACUUCCAUUCAGAAGUUUUAUAACAUCUACAUUAUAUUACGAUAUUUGUACAAAGACUAUGAGUUCAACUAAAAGAGCUUUAACACUGGAGAGCUUGACUGGAGCUUUUAUUGUUUACGGAAUAGGCAUUUCUAUUUCAAGUUUUGUUUUCAUUUUAGAGAAACUUUUGUGCCGUAGGAGGAACAAUUCUAUUCUUUGGUUAAAAGAUGAGAAAAUUGUAAGAGAAAACAGAUCGAUGGCAAUCAAAUCGCAUUUUUUCCGGCUUCAAUAAAUGUUUUUCAAAACCAA